GCCAAAACAACUGGAAAUCAGAGUAAAAACAUUCAUUUGUCACCCCCAAGAAUUCUGUCUAUGAAAUGCUCUCUUUCAUACACCAUUUUGUAUAGAUCCAAAAUAUUCACCCACUCAAAAGUGAGAAAGCUCUUCUAUUUUAUUAGUUUGUCCAUGUGGAAUUGAGUACUACUCUCUACUCCUAGGCACAGCAACUAUGACCACUAAGUUCCAACUGAGAGCUUGGGUUUUCUUCAUUUUGGUAACUGUCUCUACACUUGGACAGAACUUGCUGAGCUGUGAAAAUACCUCCCCUGAUGCUUCUGGCUAUAGUUGCAGUGGAAAUGGACCUCAGAAUCAAUGUGGGACAUUUGUGAUUCUUCGAACGAAUUCAUACUACUCAUCUCUUUUCAAUUUGAGCGUUUAUUUGGGGAUUAACCGGUCCGUGCUUGCAGAAGCAAACGGCUUCUCUGCUGACACACAGUUUCUUGCCAAAGACCAGCCUUUGUUGAUCCCAAUUGAUUGUCAAUGCAAUGGUGGUUACUUCAAGGCAGAAUUGAGGAAAACUACCGUUAAAGGCGAAAGCUUUUAUGGUAUUGCGGAGUCUCUGGAGGGCUUAACGACUUGCAAAGCCAUCCGAGAGAGGAAUCCAAGUGUCUCGCCAUGGGGCCUCGGAGAGAAGCUUCAGUUACUGAUCCCACUGAGAUGUGCCUGUCCCGGUCCAUCUGAACUCGGCCAACGUACAAAAUUUCUGCUGUCUUAUCCUAUAACUGAAGGUGAUACACUUCCUAUCUUGGCCUUUCAGUUCAAUACUACUCCCGAAACUAUAAUCUCUGCCAAUAAUAGAUCAGGUUCAAGUUUCAAUCCACAAAGCUUACUACCGGUUUCAACACUUCUGAUUCCAGUUAACAGUAAGCCUGUCCUUAGUUCGCUAGCCAAACCCCGUGAGCCCAGUUUUGGAUUUCCAUCAACUGGUGUCCCAAUAAUUAGUCCACACAAGAAGAAGUCGAAAAUGUGGAAGAUUGGAAUUUAUAUUGCAGUGACCGGGGUCACAGUGGGAGCUGUCGUUGCAAUUGCAGCAGCCUUUUUGGUGAUUAAAUGGAAAAGGAAGGUGCGGAGUUCGUGCAAAUUGGCAGAUGUGGAGCUGCAGCAGCUUAAUCUAAGCGUCAGAACCAUAGGCGAUAAGAAAGUCUCGUUUGAGGGAUCCCAAGACACUCUUGAUGGCCAAAUCAUCGACGCCACACAACAUAAGAUGUUGGUGGAGAUGUAUUCCCUUGAGGAUCUGAGGAAGGCAACAGAGGACUUCUGUUCAACUAAUCUCAUUGAGGAAUGUGUCUUUCAUGGUCGUCUCAAUGGGAAGAACUUGGCAAUAAAGCGCACACAGACAGAGACUAUCUCAAAGAUCGAGUUUGGGCUUUUUCAUGAUGCAACUCACCAUCAUCCAAACAUACUUGGGCUGAUAGGGACAUGUUCAAAUGAAGGCACUCCCGAUUCAUUCUUGGUUUUUGAGUAUGCCAAGAAUGGUUCCUUGAAGGACUGGCUUCACGGCGGAUUGGCAAUGAAAAGCCAAUUCAUCGCGUCCUGCUAUUGCUUCUUGACAUGGAAUCAGAGGCUGAGGAUCUGUCUUGAUGUAGCUACUGCCUUACAGUACAUGCACCAGAUUAUGAGCCCAUGUUAUGUUCACAGAAACAUAAAAAGCCGGAACAUCUUUUUAGACGAAGAAUUCAAUGCAAAGAUUGGGAAUUUCGGCAUGGCAAGAUGUGUUGAAGUUGAAAAACAAACCAAGGAAUCACAAUCCUACUCAAGUCAUCAUCAUGCCUCAUGGAGUAGAGGGUACUUAGCGCCCGAAUAUCUUCACCAGAACAUGAUUGCCCCGAGCAUCGAUAUCUUUGCUUAUGGUGUGGUUUUGCUAGAGGUUCUAUCGGGGCAAACUCCCAUUACCAGCAGCAGUGAGAAAGGAGAAGGGUGUGUUAGGCUGUCCGAGGAAAUCAAGCUCAUACUUCAAUCAGAAAACGCGGAGGAGCUGAGGCAAUGGAUGGACAAUGCAUUGGGCGACAACUAUUCAUUCGAUGCAGCUGUCACAUUAGCCAACCUUGCAAGAGCCUGCGUAGAGGAUGAUCCAUCCUCGAGACCAAGUGCCAGAGAAAUUGUCGAGAAGUUGUCAAGAUUGGUCGAAGAAUUGCCAGAGGCAGAGCAAUUCUCAAUCUGUGAAAGCUCUUGCAAGCCUCUAGUCAAGGCUGCUGCAAAUAGUAUGUGAACCAAGAAUCUGGAUUCUCUCCACAGCAGGAGAUCCUGUGCCUACAAAGUGCAACACCAUGAAAUAACGAUGUAAUGUAGUUAUUGCAUAAAUGAUGUAAUCUGUUGUAUAAGUGAUGUGAAGGCACGAAACACAACACGGGAUGAAAUGGCACAGGAGAGGAUUCUGGUUCGUGAAUCAACCACCCAUUGUACUGUUUAGAAAGAUGAAGCCUUAGGCUUUUGGCAUCUUGAUAUGAAAUAGUGGAAUCCUAUGUAUAUAUAUAUGUGUGUGUGUAAUUAAGAAACCAAAUACUAGACCCCCAGAAAUAGCAGGUUUCUACUUUGUAUUCGCUCUUUCCUUGUAUGUUAAUAAAUCUCAUGGUACUGGGUUUGUUUUUUUUGGAAUUUAUGGUGCCGGGUUUGUUGUGAUAUGCUUUGUGUUGGUAUAUAAAUGGUACCAUUUUUGCCGAAAAUGUUAUCAUGUAGUGCGUCAUUCAAGCAUGUGUUGGUUCUGAAUAUUUCAGUCAAAGCUCAGUCAUCCAUGCUUUCCAAAAUGUCCGUCCUUUAUUUAUUUUAGUUCAAAAUUUCAGACUAGUCCAAUUCUUGGUGACAGAAAAAAAUUGAAUUCUGUAUUUAAUUAGAAGUACUAUUUCUACCACCACUAGCCAUUGGUAUGAUUUUUUUUUUUUUUUUAAAGAAAAUAUUGAGAAUUCGAAUUCUAAAUAAGACAAGUUGCAAAUACAGAAAUGGAUGUGAAAUUUUAUGGA